GUGAUCGUGACAGAUUGCGUUCUAACCUCGAAAAUUGUUUGUUAUUGAUCAAACCAGUUUUGUCAGUAUUAAUUUAUUUUAGUAAUUUUUUUGUUAUAUUUGAGAUGCAUCCUGAUUUAUCCAGUCAUUUACACACAGACGAAUGCAAUCUAUUAAUCGAAUCAUUGCAAAAAUGCCACGAGGAAAACCCUUUUCUGAAGUUUUUUGGGAAAUGUAACCAGCAAGAUACACUAAUGGUAAAAUGCUUGAGGCAGGAAAGACUUGCUCGAAGAAGAAAAAAUUUUGAAGCUUCACUAGAAAAGAAGGCCAAAUUUCAAUCCAAUUUAUAGUCUGCUCGACCAGAACUCGUUAGUAGUCAUAUAACUUUAGUAACAUUGUUGAUGAGGCUUUUCUGUGAUACUGAUUUGAAUAAAUGAGAUUCUUUAUAUUG